UUUCGAGCAUCCCUAGUCCCUACUACUGAUUACGAAAUUGUCAAGACAUUGUAAUUAUUGUAUUCUUAUUUCUCAUAUUAUUUAAAAUGUUGAGGUUAUUAAGGCCGUCAUGUGUUCAUCCGUCACAAUUACUUACUAGAUUUUACGCUAAAAUUGUGAUGACUGACGAUGGAUCAACAAUAGUAGCAUUACACAAAGACCAAGAGUUUCCGUAUGAAUUUUCCAAACCUUUACCGGAAGAAAGUAUUGAAGAUAAGUCAGUUCUUCGAAUGUCUGAUUAUUCCGAGGUUAAGCGGGUUUUUAAAGAAAUGAAACCAGAAUUUGCAAGGCAGCAAUUAUCCUCGUUAACUCUGACAACUCAACAUCGUUGGUUCCCUAGAUCUAGAGACAAAAAAGCCAAGAAGACAGAAAUGAAUCGACCCUAUUUAUAAGUAUAUAGCUCUUUUAUAUUAUUAGUAUGUAUAAUUUAGUAAUAAAUAUGGUGUAAGUAGGAUAUAGAAUUUCAAAAUAAAUACUGUUGAUAA